AUCCGGGCGGUCGUGGAGGAAAGUUCGCAGCAAAAUGCUUCAGCUCAUUCUGGUGUUCGUUCUGUUCACUGGCCUCACGUAUUAUGUCGCGUUUCGUCGAUCACGGAAGCGCCUCUACGAGCUGGCCGCCACAUUUCCGGCUCCGUUCGAUCUUCCGUUGAUUGGCAGCACCUACAUCGGAAUCGGACUGAACUCCAAGACAAUAAUCCAGUAUCUUCUGAAGUUUCUCCACAACCUGCCAUCGCCUUUCCGAGCAUGGAUGGGUCCAUUUUUGGGCAUCAUAUUCGACAAGCCCCAGCAUUUGGCGGUGAUUUUAAACUCGCAGCAUUGUGUUCAGAAGUCUGUGUUUCAGAAGUUUUUCCGCUUCGACAAGGGACUCAUCAACUCCGAUCGGAAUAUAUGGCGACCGCAGCGGAAGCAACUGGCUGCGCCAUUUUCCUACCAGGUGGUUGCUAAUUUUGCGCCGAGCUUUAACGAGUACGCCGAAGCGCAGCUGAAGUACUUGGAUCGAUUCGUAGGAGCGGAAGCAUUCGAUAUGCUGCCAAAGUUGAGUUUUUAUGUGCUGUCCAGUACGCUGGCCAAUUUGUUCAAGGUUCAACUGCACAGCCACGAGUACGACUUCAUGGAGAAGUUUGUGAAUAAUUCAGAACAAAUGUGGAUCAAUAUGUUCCGAAGGGUGUAUAAACCGUGGUUGAUUCCGGAGUUUAUAUAUCGAUUGACUCCCUCCUACAAAAUGGAACUUCAACAAGUGGGAAAACUAAGAGCGCUGUCAGAAGAGAUUGUCGAAGCACGCAAGGUAUUACAACAGAAAUCACACCCAGGCGAUGACCACAACGCCAGCUCCGAAGUUCUCAUUGAACGCCUGGAACGUCUGACCUACAAAACCGGAGAUAUGACGAACGAAGAGAUGAUGGACAACAUCGACACGUUUCUCUUUGCGGCAGUCGACACAACAACCAGCACAAUGGCAAGCACCCUGCUGAUGAUGGCUAUACACCCGGAGGUUCAGGAACGGGUCUACCAGGAAGUGAGCCAAGUAGUCCCUAACGAUUACAUCGCGAUUGAGGACCUGCCGAACCUGGUCUACUUGGAACGGGUGAUGAAGGAAACGAUGCGUCUCAUCCCCAUAGCUGGCAUGCUGAACCGCGUUUGCGAGAAGGAACUGCAGGUCGGAGAGUGGACCAUUCCGGUAGGGGCAACCAUUGGGAUACCGGUUUUGAAAGUGCACCGGGAUCGUGCUGUUUGGGGUGAGCGGUCCGAUGAAUUCGAUCCGGACAAUUUCUUACCGGAGAAGGUUGCCCAACGACAUCCGUACGCUUAUAUUCCCUUUAGUGCCGGCAUUCGGAACUGUGUCGGGAUGCGGUAUGCCAAUGUUUCAAUGAAAGUGUUGCUGGCGAAGUUGGUGAAACGGUUUCGCUUCAAGACGGAUUUGACGAUGAAGGAUCUUAAGUUUGAGGCGGCUUUUCUUAUGAUGUUGGCCAAUAAGCACAUGAUGCGAAUCGAAAGGCGGUAGGUUAACCCGUGUUGAAAUGAGUGAAAGUAAAACAUUGAAUCUCUCAUUACCCUGUAAAUACUUGACGGCUUUUAAUAAUGUUUCGUCAUAUGAAGAUUGUAGAACUGGCCAGAGAAUCUCGGGAAUGUUCCUGUGGCCGGAGUUAUUCCGGUAGGUCACUAAGUCAAGCCAGGUGAAAAAAAACUGUUCAUCUGACAUUAAAAUCAUUUCAGUUUGCGUAAAUCAACAACAUCUGAUAUUCAACAUAAUAUAAAAAGAGAUUUGAAUCGUUUGGAAUGUAUGGAUAUGGUUACUCGGAAUGAAUGUCCGAAAGAAACCGGCUAUAGUUCUGUAUGAUACUAAACCGUUUCAAACCUCAAACAGUAGAUCACAAAAAUGCGUUUCAAUGAGCUUGGUACAAAUGUUUAGAGACAAAUUGCAAAAGCCAUGGUUAUCCAUUUCAGUGUUUGGAUUAUGAUCCGAAUAAGCCGAUUGAACUAUAUUCGGAGAGUGUAACAAUUCGCGAACCAUAACAGUUCGUGGCACAUCGCAAUUGGAGAGCCUUAUGAAUGUAAACAUUCACUCUCUCGUUUGGUACGUGGCACAAGAGCGGUCAAGAGCACGACUCUCACAGACUGCAACAGUAUCAAGAUAUUCGGGUGAUUCAUGUUUUGUAAAAAAAAAAUGGUAAUAAUUUCCAUAUUUUCUGGUUAUGCAGACUUUAACAACCUAAUUAUAAUUUAUUGGAUCAUAGAACAUCCCUUUUGU